AUGGAGGACAGCCAUAUACUGGGUGACGACCUGCCACUCCCACCGGCACGCCUUUUUGAGAGGUUGGGACAUCUGCCUGGAUAUACAUGGGAUCAGACUAUCGAGCCGUUUCAUUCGACAUAUAAUCACUGGCAUGUCUUUGGCCUCCGACAUGCCGCAGAGUCAGAUGUCUCUACACCUGCCGCGACCUCGUCGGGCCCCUCUAGCCUGGCUCGCAAUUCCCCGCGAACCGAGUCCCGCCCUCCAUUUCGGCAUCACUGGAGAAGCAGCCUAAGCGAAUCCAGUAGCGAGCUCUCCCUUUCUCGCAUGGAUCACGAGUCAAUAUGGAUUCCAGUGUUAGCGCGAGUCUCGUCUCACGUUGUGAGGCUGGAGCGCGAGUUCCAUAUGCUCAGAUCUAUCGUGCAGACUUCCGAUCCAGAUUGCAACCAUACUAUACGCCCUAUAGACCUUAUACGCUUGCCCUCUGACCCAGGUGAUGCAGGCCCUCUCCUCGUGGCUAUCUUUGAAUCCCCCGGCCAGAACAUGUUGCGAGAAAUGGUCGCUUUUGGUCCUGCCUGGUUCGCGGCCGGUGGUAGGACUGACAGCAAUGAGCCGACCCCAGGAGAACAAGUUUCUCUUUCCACUUUUCUCGAUUUUGCGAUUGGUGCUUGCGAUUGCUUGGAGCUUUUACACUACGGCCUCAAGACGGUACACGGCGAAAUCCGCGGGGAUGCCUUCCAUUUCAAUCGAGAGGCGGGGUCUGUGAAGCUUACCAACACGGGAAAUGGUGCUAGGUCUUUCGAUAACAUCCUGAGCGAAGGCUGGUCAUCCCUGUCAAAGGAGCUUGGUGUCAAGAAUAAGCUACAAUUUAUCGCUCCGGAACAAACGGGAAGAAUGCCUACGGAACCGGAUAGUCGAACUGACAUCUAUGCUUUGGGCGUGCUCUUCUGGACGAUGUUGGUUGGUAAACCGGCCUUCACGGGCAGCGACCCUGUUGAAGUCGUACAGAACGUAUUAGGAAAGAAGCUACCACCGCUCUCGGCCAAGAGAAUGGAUGUCCCCGACGCAGUGUCAGCUGUAAUCCAGAAGAUGACACAGAAAGCUGUCAAUGAACGCUACCACACCAUCUCAUCUGUCAAGCGAGAUCUGGCACAGAUCUCUCAGUUGCUGGGGGAUGGUGAUAGUGAAGCAUUGAAAGACUUCCAGAUCGCUCAGCGUGAUGUGUCGUCCUUCUUCACGCUUCCCUCUCGCAUGUUUGGGCGGGGAGAGGAAUAUGACAGGAUAAUCAACGUCGUCGAGAAGGUUCAUAGGCGCCAGCAAGCUGCGUAUGCGAGAGCAGCUGCUCAGGCAUCCAGUGGAGUAGGAUCCAACUCUUCUGUCUCGGACGGCCGAGUUGAUAGCUUUGAGAUUGCAUCUGGCUCGAGCGACUCAGGCUCCUUCAAUCUUGCGUCCAGGGCAGCUUCCAACGGUGGCGCUUACAACAUAGGACGCACAUCUACGCACGAAUCUCUGCACAGCACUGAUUCUUCUCCUUCAACUCCUAAACCCGGAGACUCGUCAGGAAAACCCAGGAGUCCUGUGGAGUCUCGCGCGUCCUGGGAGAAUGUAGACAGAGAUGGCCAUCCUUCUGCUGGAACAAGCACGCAGAGCCAUGGUGAUUCUAUCGGAUCUGUUGCCAGGGCGAAGGCUGCACACAAGGUUCGCCGCCCCGGAAAGUGCGAAGUAAUUACCAUAAGCGGUGCAGCUGGCAUUGGAAAGACCGACCUUUUGAACCGUGUUCAGCCCGCAAUUCGUAAACUUGGAUAUAUCGGUAUCGCCCGUCUGGAUCGUGCCAGGCGGAUACCCUUUGAACCUUUCGCCAAAAUCCUGGCCAGCCUUCUCCGCCAGAUCUUUUCUGAACGCGAUGUGACAACUGAAUACCACAAUAACAUCCGCACUGCGUUGAGACCAAUGUGGCCGACAUUACACCGUGUGCUGGAACUCCCGGAGCAGCUCAUGUCAUCAGGAGGAAAUGAAAGACAAAUUUCGCCCAGACUUUCGGCAGCGCAACAUAUCUUUAAGGAGGUUUCGACCAAGGGCGAACCAUCCAAGCGCGUUGCACUUCCAAGUCUGGAUCAUGGUCAAAGCUCUGUGGACUUCUUUCUAUCUAAUGCCGCACUGAAGAACAUGCGGUUGAUGGAGACGUUUUUGGAGAUACUGCGGACUCUAUCCCAGUACCGAUUGAUCUGCGCUUGUGUGGACGAUUUGCAUUAUGCCGAUGACGAGACCCUGGAGUUGAUCAUGAACAUCGUGAAAGCUAAAAUUCCAUGUGUAUUGAUACUCACAAGCCGGAAGUCUGAGCUGGAAUCGAACAUAAUCAGGCCGCUCUUCGAUUCUGAGAAUCCGAGUGUGACGCGCGUUGUUCUCAAGCCUCUUGGAGAGGAAGAGAUCAUGCAAAUCGUGGCCGCUACAAUGCAUCAGGAACCCAACCCGAUGUUAACUCCGCUUGCUGCUGUCAUACAGGAAAAGAGCAUGGGAAACCCGUUCUUUGUUCGAAUGAUGCUCGAAACCUGCUAUAGCAAAAACUGUAUCUGGUAUUCGUGGAAAAAUUCUGUGUGGGAAUUCGACCUGGAUCGGAUCUUCACCGAAUUUGUGGCUCCUAGGUAUGGCGAAGGGCUUGGGCUAGGGUUCAUUGCAAGGCGUCUCCAGGAAAUUCCUCCGGCCGCCAGAUCCAUCAUGGUCUGGGGCGCAUUGCUAGGAAGCCCGUUCGCCUUCUCUCUAGUACAAAAACUUCUUACAAGCGAGUUCUUGUAUUCCAGCGAGGACGAUGAGGCGGUAGACCUUACCUGUCCUCAGAAUGCAAAUUUGAUCCGACAAACUGAAGCCGAUAUGGUUGUCGGUCUGCAGUAUCUUGUGCAAGCAAACCUGAUCAUCCCGGGAAAGACGGACGAUGAAUUUAGAUUUGUCAAUGAUCGCUUCUCGCAAGCGGCUCUUUCGUUGACAGAGGGACGGAAUGUGGAAAAAAUGCAUUUCAUCAUAUCCCAGGCAAUGAUGAAGUACUACCAUGAUGGCCGCAGUCGAUACGCAAUGGCACGACAUGUGGCCCUGGCGUCUCGGAUUAUCAAGUCUCGUGUCGUAGAGAGACUUGAAUAUAGAAAGAUCUUAUGGGAUGCGGCGCAAACCGCUGCGCAAUCGGGUGCGCGUCCAACAGCGCUUUGGUACUUCCGGCACUGCAUCACUUUCCUUCAAGACAAUCCUUGGGAUGACAAUAACGCUGAUGUGUACUACCGGGAGACUUUGCGUCUGCAUAUUGCUACGGCUGAAAUGUCAUGGUCUCAAGGCCAUAACACGGAAGCUUUGGACCUGCUUGAUAAAGUCUUCGAACAUGGAAAGAGUGCCGUCUGCAAAUCAAGAGCUUGGAUUGUGAAGGCCAAGAUCUACGCUCAGAUGGGUAACCACCUCCGUUCGAUGGAUUCACUCCUUACGUGUCUGGAAGAGCUUGGUGUGCAUCUACGAGAGCCUACGACCUACGAUGAAUGCGAUGAUGCCUACCGUAAUCUUCGCGCGUACCUCGAGCAAGCGGACUUGGAAGCUAUUGUCCGUAAGCCCGUCAGCAAGGAUGUCGACAUGAUCACUAUUGGAGAGGUCAUGGCUGAGGCGAUGGCUGUCACGUACUGGGAUGAUGCACUAACAUUCUACCGGAUGGCCAUUGAGAUGAUGAACCUACAUCUCUUCAAAGGCGGGUUUGUGCAAAUUUCUAUCGGCUGUUCGCACCUCGCGAUGAUAUCGUUCAGCCGAUUUAGGGACCUAGAGCUCGCCGUGAGGCUGAGCGAUUUCGCGCUCACCCUCCUUGAGCGGUGUCCUGAACAGUGGACUCAAAGCCGGGGCUCUAUUGUACAUAACCUUUACGUCGGCCACUUGCGCGUUCCGCUGUCCUCGACACUCCCAAAUCUGGAGGCCUCUGUGGAAACAUCUUUCUCGAUGGGCGAUCCAUACAUCACCUUAAUCAGUUUGUCUUCGAUGGCGAUGACAAGACUAUAUCUAGGCCAUGAUAUGGCGCAGGUGGAGGCGUUCUGCAACGAAAGCCCAGAAGAUAUUCCCGACUGGGUCAAUGAUACUCGUGGUGGUGCUAGUCUGCUUGCAGUAAGACAAGUUGCGCGUGCUUUGCAAGGUAAAACGGCCUGUCGUUCUCCUGACACUAUUAUGUCCGACGAGCACCAUCACACGAACGAGUACAUCGCUUUCCUGGACAACAAUGCCAGCAACGCCGAUCGCCCGCGAGACAUUUACUGGGGUCUUGCAAUGAUUCCGCUAUUUGCGUACGGACAUCAUACUAAGGCUAUACAGCUGGGUAUGCAGAUGAUGGAGACUAUGCCCAGGCUGUGGUCUGCUCGUGUUUCAUACGUAGUCUACUUCUAUCUCGCCCUUUCUCUUUUGACUCUCCACAACGAGUACCCUGCCCGCGGGUAUCUUGAUGGAAGCUUGCAUACGGUCUUAAAGUAUAAAGCCGAAGUGGAUUUCGCGCGGAGUGCUUGCGAUGCCAAUUACGGAAUGUGGUCCUUGAUAUUGGAGGCACUAAUAUGCGAAGUUCGGAAUGACCAUACUUCUGCAAUUCAAUCUUUCGAAGCUGCAAUCGAUCAUUGUCAAAUCCAUGGGUGGCCCUUGGAGGAAGCGCUUGCUUUAGAACUGCAUGGUAUGGGUUACCCCCACGUCUUGGCCCAAAUUAACUUUCGAAUAGGAGAGUUCCUGAUCCGUCGCGGUGCCAAAAGGGCGGCGCGUUCUGUCAUGCAAGACGCAAUUGCCGCAUGGGCCGCGAUAAGCGCCGUGGGCAAGGCGGCGCAGCUGACCGAGAAGCAUGAAUGGCUAUUGAAAACCGCCACAUCCUCGAGGAACGUUGACGCUGGCUGUCAAACCGUGGACUCGCUGCUCGGAAUCAAUCGCAAUACCGGCCAAGAACACAUGGGAGUAGCACAAAAUAUGGAAGAAGAUGACAGAAAACAACGCUGGAUAGAACAAAAUGGCGUUACUACGGGUGAGCGUUCAUUCGACAUAUCUGGCGUCGGCCUUGAUAUUAUCGACUUAUCAAGUAUCCUCGAAUCUAGUCAAGUGAUGUCCUCGGAGCUUCAGAUCGACAAACUUUUGACGAAGAUGAUUGAAAUCGUUCUGGAAUCCUGCAAUGGCUCAGACUCUGCGGUUAUUGCGACCAAUUUCGAUAAUAACUUCACGGUCGCUGCGGCUGGGGACCUGGAGAAAGGACAGAAGUCUUUCGUGGAUGGCCUUCCAUUCUCCGAAAUCGAGGAUAAGAUGGCGCAUCAGAUCUCUCACUACGUCAUGCGCACUAGGGAGGAAGUUCUGGUUCACAACGUUUUGGAGGAUGAGCGUUUCUCGAACGUCAAUGAGGGCUACCAAGCCAGGUAUCCCCUUGGGCGGUCCGUGAUCGCAUUGCCUAUUAUGCAGGCCGAGCAUCUGCUCGGUGUCAUUCAUAUUGAAGGCAAACCGAAUUCAUUCACCCAGCGGAAUGUUGUGGUUCUCCACUUGCUUUGCAACCAAAUUGGUAUCUCGCUUUCCAAUGCGUUGCUCUUCCGCGAAGUGCGCAAGGUCAGCGCUACCAACGCUUCUAUGGUGGAGGCUCAAAAGCGCGCACUUGCCCAGGCUCGCGAGGCGGAGCAGAAGGCUAAAGUGGCCGAGGCUGAAGCAAAGCAUAACGUGAAGCUGAAAGAAGAUGCAGCAAAGGCCAAGUCCAUCUUCUUGGCUAACAUAUCUCACGAUCUGCGCACACCGAUGAAUGGCGUUAUUGGUUUGUCGGAACUCCUCAAGGGUACCAAGUUGGACAGGGAGCAGGACGAAUAUGUGGAAUCGAUCCGUGUCUGCGCUGACACGCUGCUCACACUCAUCAACGAUAUCCUUGACUUCUCCAAGUUGGAGGCAGGCAAGAUGAAGAUCUCUACCGUACCCCUCAACAUUCGGGAAACAAUCUCGGAGGUGGUUCGCGCACUUCGCUAUACGCAUCGUGAUCGUGGGUUAGAGACCAUCGAGGAUCUGGACAAAGUACCACCAGAACUUGUGGUCCUCGGAGACCCUGUUCGCUUGCAUCAGAUCUUCAUGAAUCUUCUCAGUAACAGUUACAAGUUCACUCCCAAGGGAUCCGUGACUGUGAGAGCCAAAGUUUCCAGGGAAGGCAAGGGUCGUGUCCGUUUAGAGUGCUCUGUAUCCGAUACGGGUAUUGGAAUCUCAGAAGAACAAAAAUCCCGGCUGUUCCGGCCAUUUUCGCAAGCCGAUAACUCCACGGCGCGGUCAUAUGGCGGUAGUGGGCUUGGAUUGAGUAUCUGCAAGGCAAUUAUUGAGGACGUCCUAGGCGGUGCUAUUUGGCUGGAUUCGACCUCAGGCGUUGGAACUACGGUGACGUUCCAUCUGGCAUUCAACAAGGUGAAAGACGCUGCCGCUAAAGCUGCCAAAAACAAGGCUGCCAAUCAGGCGGAGAACAAAGCUCCGGUUCCUACUGCUCGAGACUUGACCAUGGUGCCCCGGGAUCAGAUUCGAGUCUGUAUCGCUGAAGACAAUCCUAUUAACCAGAAGAUUGCGGUCAAAUUCGUCAAGGGGCUCAAUCUCCAGUGCGAAGCGUACAGUGAUGGGCGGCAGGCAGUUGAAGCUCUCCGAACAAGAUCUCGUGAAGGCAACCCGUUCCAUGUGGUCCUGAUGGAUGUACAAAUGCCGACUCUCGACGGCUACAAUGCCACUCGCGAGAUCCGAAAAGACCCAGAUCCCAAUGUCAACGAAGUGUUGGUCAUAGCCAUGACGGCGAGUGCCAUCGAAGGAGAUCGCGAGAAGUGCCUUGGUGCCGGAAUGAACAACUACCUUCCCAAGCCGGUUCGAUCUACUAUCUUGAGUGAGAUGCUUGACCAAUACCUUGCACCAGUGCCAGCAUACACAAGGACGCGGCUGGUGAACCGGGAACGAGGAAGUGUAAGCACUGAGGCAGGGACACCACGGAGCAACUCCAUGUCGCCUAAUAUUGACGGCCAAGCCACCGCUCUGACGCCUGAAGAAGAUAAGCAACUGCAAGAGCGGCAACCUAUAGAUAAUUAG